AUGAGCUUCAAGAAGCAAGAGCAACGAAACGGUCGCUACCUCAUUCCUCCAUCAAUCCAGGCAUGGCCGAAUGCGGACACUCAUCGCAACGCUAGAUUGAUCCUUAUGCCAAUAAAAUAUCGUGAUUAUAAUAAGAAAGUGGGUAUUUUUGCGGCCAGCAUCACGUGCAAAGCGAACGGCAUAUGGGCGCUAUCGUCACCGAAUACAGUGCAAAAUCCAAUUGGUGAUGUGAAAUUCACACAUAUCCGUUGUAAUCCGCCUAGCGAAUAA